CGAUUAAUUAGUAAUAAAUUUAAAAAUACAUAUAAUCAAAAUCAAAUAUGAUACCAUCGACGAGGUAAGUACAGGUAUGUCUUAGGUCCUUAAUCAAUAGUCAAUGCCAGUCAAUGAUGAUCUAUGAGUGAUACAUUCAUUGGCUGAGUAUAGCUUUCUCAAUAUAACGAAAGAGAGCGUUGGAACACAAAAGUUUCUAUCCUAUUGUAUUAUUACAUGAGAUGUAAUUGAAAUUUCAAACAAAAUGGAUAUAAAUUUAUCUUAAAUAACUAAGUGCUGACUUAAAAAUAAUUUGCGUUCUAAAUAAAUCUGAUACAGCAGUUUUUCUUUUAAAUCAUAAAUAUUAAAAAAGUGUCAGUAAACAUACAGUAUCUGAGAUAAGCUGUACCUAACCCAACAUUGUUAAAUGGUCGGUGAAUUAGCGUUUAUAAUUUUCGGAAAUAUACGAUAUUGUGAUAUAAUAAAUAAAGUAUUUUAGCAGAUCCUUGUUAUACAUAUAAUGGAGAUUGAUAAAGAAGUUCCUGAAGAAAUCCCUAAAUCAAAUAUGGCUUCUCAAAAUGAAAACACAAAUGAAACAAUUUUGGAUAAUCAACAAAGCACGUUGGAAAUAAAUACUGAUAAUCAAGGUAGAAUGUCGGACAGAAGCAAUUGUAGUGAUAUAAUGGAAGAAGAAACUAUAUCUGUUGAUGAUACAAAUGCUUACAAUGGUUCUACUACCGAAGACUGUAUUAUGGAAUCUAACACAGAUAGCAUUGCAGCUACAGAUGAUUUAAGACAGUUUGAUGUUUUGGAUGAUUUAGAGCGCCAUCCAGAUCAGAACUGCUGUGAUAUGGAUUCUGAUACCAAUGAAAGUAUGGACUCUGAUGUACCUGAUGAAGAAAUUGAAGCCAUGCUUGAAGAAGGUUUACCGGAAGAAUUUAAAGGCAAAAGAAAAGACAAGAAGGAUAGUGUACCAUAUGAAGAGAAAGUGAAACUCGUCUUGGAUGAAAUUGGACAUAAUCACUUUGAUGUACUUCCAGAAGGCUGGGUACAGGUAACACAUAAUAGUGGAAUGCCUUUAUAUUUGCAUAAACAAAGUAGAGUUUGUACUCUUGCAAAACCAUAUUUCCUUGGACCUGGCAGUGUGAGAAAACACGAAGUGCCUGUUAGUGCAAUACCUUGUCUUCAAUACAAAAGAGCUCUUCAUGAAGAAGAAGAAGAAAGAAAGAAGCAGAAAGAACGUGAUCCAAAUACAGAAGUGUGUAGCCUCCCUAGUGCAAAAAUUGAAACAAUUCAAGAAAAUCGAGCGGCUCAUUCAUUAGAUAGUAAACAAUUAAGAAAUUAUUGCCAAUCGCUAUUUCGCUUUAAAGCUAUUAAAGUAAUGAGAUUUCAAUCGUGGUCAGCAAGAAGAAAAUUUACAAAAAAUAAAAAACAUCGUAAACAACUUGAACGUCCUACUUUACCUGAUGGAACAAAACUAAUAACGUUUCCAGUUAGUAGUUCUGGACUAGCAGGAAGUAGCAGUGGUAAUGUUGGAGAUGAUAGUACUGGACAAAGACCACCAAAACAUUGGAUAAUGAAUCCCUCAGGCAAAAGUUAUGUUUGUAUACUUCAUGAAUAUGUACAACAUGCACUUAAAAAGCAACCAACUUACAAGUUUAAAGAAUUAGAAAAUGCAGCAACUCCAUAUUCUGCCGUUGUUUGUAUAAAUGAUAUGGAGUAUGGAAGCGGUUUCGGUAGUAGCAAAAAACAAGCAAAAGCUAAUGCUGCGCGGAAAACUCUUGAAAUUUUAAUUCCUCAAAUGAGAGAUAAAAUUUCUGGUGAUAAUGGAGGAGAUACAGUUUCUGGUAAUAACAGUCGAAUGAUUAAAGCAUCAAGGACAAAUUCUGAUGCAGAUUUAUCAUUCUUUGAUGAAAUAUCGAUCACCGAUCCACGAGUCGCAGAAUUUUGUGCAAAGACAACUGAACCGUCACCGCAUGCUAUUUUAAUCACCUGCCUCCAACGAAAUUAUGGUCUUGGUGAUAUGCAUAUUAAUUACUCUGUAAACACAUUAAAACAUCAACGCAAUGAAUUUACAAUGCGUGUCGGCAAACAUGAAGCUACUGUUGUAUGUCGUAAUAAGAAAGAUGGUAAACAACGAGCAGCCCAAGCUAUCCUGCAGCUUAUGCAUCCUCAUAUCCAGUCUUGGGGAUCCUUACUAAGACUUUAUGGAUCUCGAAGCGUAAAAUCUUUUAAAGAAAAGAAACAACUAGAACAAGAAAUCACGUUGUUACAAGGUAAAGCUGCUGUCAAUCAACCAAACCACGCUAUUCUAAGUAAACUUAGACAAGAAAUGCGUAAACUGGCAGAACAGAGACAGGCAAUACAACCUAUCGGUAAGUUUGUACCGCCGGAUUUACCAACUGGAUCUGCAGCUAAUUUGAACAAUGUGGAUUUAUAACAUACUAGUCAACUGUGUAUCCUAUAAAUAUUAGUUUAUUUUGUAAGUUUUGUAAGAAAGUGAACGUUUUUGAUUUACUUUAUAUUUUAUGUUUUGAAAAUAAGAGCAAAAUAUUUUAUAAUAUAGUAAUUAAAAAGAAAAUGGUGCUGAUGCUUAUCCAUAUUUAAUAUUUUGAUAUUUUUAUUUUUUAUGUAUCUCGAAAUCAGUUUUUAUAAUCAAUUAAUACAAUGAUUAAGAGUAUAAUGAAAUGUGUAUAUUGGUUAAAAAUAUUUGGAGAUUGUUUUUAAGAUUUGGAUUUCAAGAACAGUUUUGAUAUCGAGAUAUUACAGAAUGCUACCUCAAUCACAUUACUUUUCUUGCACUGUAAAUUGUUAAAUGUAUUUGACAAUAUUGUCUUUUAAAAUCACUAUUGUUUUUAUACAUAAAGGGAAUUUAAUAUUACAUGUAAAUGAUUAUUAAUUGUAUGUUAUUUUAUAUAGAAUUACCAAACACAUAACGAUUCAUGAAACAUAAUCAUUUAUUUUUAAAGAACUGAUUACAGUAAAGUAUAUUUCAGUUCUAUAGACAUUAAGGCAUCAAUCUUGCAUAUUAAUAAUGGUUACAAUGUAUUGAAAAGUAUUAUAAUUGUCCUAAUAAAUUUAUUAAUACAAUUAGUAGAAUAUAAAUAAAUUAUCAAAUAGUGCAUAAAACAUUUACAUCACUUAUCUUCUUUGGCACCUUUGUAUGAUUUUUUUUUCUAUAUCACCAUUUUUCUUAUUCUGCAUUUAUGUGGUAUUUUACUAAUUAUUUAACAAUACCACUGUAAAAUUAAUGACACAAGUAAUGGAACCUAUUUCAGAGUUUAAGCUCUCGUCGGAAAUAUUACAAUGUAUGUAUUUCUAAAUUCAUUAAAAAGGUAUUUUCAUUCUUUUACCUUAAUAUCAUGAUAUUUCAGUAGAAAAUACAAACAUCAAUCUUCAUUAUUUGUGUAUUAUAAACUAUGGAUUUCUUUUGUGUUGACUGUGUGUAAAUGAAAUUUUUGUUCACUUAAUUACAAUACAAUAUGUUAUAUAUAUAAAUUACUAUAUAGAUAGAAAAAUUAUGUAUUGUAAUAUAAUAUGGUGACAGUAAGUAAUAUUAUUAAUAUAAUAUUCUAAUAUUCUAUUUAAAACAUUGUGAAACUAUGUGGGAUAGAUAAAUUUUGUUUGGUAUGUGUGUGUGUGUGAGUGAGUGCAUGCGUGUUUGGUUCUUUUUAUAUCAUAAAAACUGUUACUUUUUGAAAUAAUAUUGUUUAAAAAUAUAAGAUUUACUGAUUGUAUAGUAUACAAAAGCAUUGUGUAAUAAACAAAAUCUUAAACUUUUUAUCAGCUGUUUUAAAAACCUUGUUAAAUUAAUGCAAGAUAAAUACAUUUACAUAUAUAAUAGGCACACAUAACAGGACUAGAAUUAUAAUAAUUGUAAUAAAUUAUUUUUAAACACGCACAUGCAUGUGGAACAUAUUUUUAUUAUAAAAUAAAUAUAUAUAUAUCAUAUCCUUUAUUUCAAAACAUAACUUAAGUUACAGAUAUGUUUUAUAGCUAUUUGUAACUUAAGCUACAAUAUAUUCUUGUUUUUUCUAAUUUCAUUUUAUAGAUGUUGUUAAAUUGAAGCAGUUUUAUUGAAUAUAUGUAUGUAUACUGGUCUAAAAAUACAUAUUUAACAAAUAUUAAAUUUUUUAUUUUAUGUCAUAGGAUUUGAAAAGUAUAAAACUUUCCUAUAUAAAAUUUUAGAAACAUUUAA